AUGGUGUUGCUCUGUCCUCCGUCUAACCCCUCUCUUGCACGCUCUCCUUCCCCCACUUCCAUUCCGCCCACCACACCCCCCUCCAUCCGCCCCCCUUACCUCCUGCCCCCUGUGGUGCUGGCGUGCAGGUCGGUGAACGAGGUGGUGUGCCAUGGCAUCCCGGACUGCAGGAAGCUGGAGGACGGGGACAUAGUGAACGUGGACGUCACUGUCUACCUCAACGGCUGCCAUGGUGAUUUGAACGAGACCUUUUUUGUGGGCACGCCCAGUGACGCGUCCGUACAUCUCGUGCGCACCACUAUGGAGUGCCUCGAUAAGGCCAUUGCCAUGGGUAGCACAUCAUCACCCCCUUGCUGCCAUGAUGCCAUCCUUGUCCCUCCUGCCACAUACUACUCUCGUCCUUUCUCCUGCCAUCCCUUCUCCCCUUUCCCUCCCCACCAUUCCCCAUGCAUACCGCUUCUUCCCUCCAUCCUCCCUCCGCCUCUCCUCCCCCUCCCGUGCCUCCACACCACCACAUCCCCCUCUUUUUUUAACCCUGCAUACUCGUGCCUCCAUGGCACCCCAUCCCCCUGUUCUCCAUCCAUGCUUGCAGUGAAGCCAGGGGUGCGGUUUCGGGAGGUGGGGGAGGUGAUCAGUCGUCAUGCUGCCCAAGCUGGUCUCUCCGUGGUGCGUACGUACUGUGGGCACGGCAUAGGAGAGCUAUUUCACUGUGCGCCCAACAUUCCCCACUAUGCCACAUUGCAACCCUCUUCCCCUCCCUCCCUCUCCCUCCCUCCGUCUCCCUCCCUCCCUCCCUCCCUCCCUCCCUCCCUCCCUCCCUCCCUCCCUCCCUCCCUCCCUCCCUCCCUCCCUCCCUCCCUCCCUCCCUCCCUCCCUCCCUCCCUCCCUCCCUCCCUCCCUCCCUCCCUCCAUCCCUCCCUCCCUCCCUCCCUCCCUCCCUCCCUCCCUUUCCCCUCCCUCCCUCCCUCCCUCCCUCCCUCCCUCCCUCCCUCCCUCCCUCCCUCCCUCCCUCCCUCCCUCCCUCCCUCCAUCCCUCCCUCCCUCCCUCCCUCCCUCCCUCCCUCCCUUUCCCCUCCCUCCCUCCCUCCCUCCCCCCCUCUCCUUCUCCCCUUCACUCCCUCCUCUCUGUGUACUUAG